CACCAAGAUUCCAGUAAGAUGAAGACUGUUUCUAUGCUUAUUCUGAGCUUUUCUUUGGCCGCGGCCAUGGACUCAAAAACGACUUUAUUGGAUUCGACGAAAAAAGGGAAAAGGGGUGUAGCACUAUUCGGACCAGCAGCAUAUGACGUUUUUGGAGUUGUACCAGCUUUUGCGCCUACCGGAUGGUCACCAACAAGUUUUGGAAAUGGAGGGUGGAAUGUUCCAGGCGUUGAUCUUGCUUUGGGACAAGUUCAGUUGCAAGCAACUCAUAAUAUCGCUCUUCAGGCUCUGAAGGAUCCACAUCCUGGAACGCCCAGUAUUGCGUAUUCUCCUGAAGUGGUACGAGCUAUUCAGGAAGCGAAGGAUGCGAAUCACAAUGUGCUCCUGGCGCAGCACAGGGUUGCUGAAGCAAAGCAGACGGCUCAUCUUCAGCAAAAAAUUGCACUCGCUAAAGAAGCAGCUGCAAGAGAAGCUACUCAUAGGUCUGAGGAGAUUUCGGCAAAUGCUCAAGCCGAAGCAAGAGCCAGUGCUAAGCAGUUGGUAGCUCUUCAGCAAAGAUUGGCAACCUUGAAGGAUGCUGUUGCUGCUGCACAGAGGGUGGCUGCAGCUAGAGAGACUGCUGCAGCUGCGGCUAUUCAGAGAUCAGCUUCGGAAACAGCCGCAGAAUUACGAAAACAGGACGUAGACAAGCAGAUUAAUCAAAGCGAAGAAGAAGCAAAGGCAAAAGAUAUAGUAGCGGCAAAGGAAAACGCGAUUGCUAACGCCCUGCAGCAUCCAGCUGUAGAAAAACCAUCGUAUCAUCCAUGGGGUUAACUACGUAACGUCAUCGUCGUAUAAAGCUCAAAAUAUUCAUUUGUUAUGAAACACAUAAAAAACAAUCACACAUAACCAUAUCAUACGGUGUUGGAUCGUUAAAGGGCAUUUAUGUAAUAAUACUCUAGUUUUUAUUUGUUACCAAUAAACCA